AUGGGUUCUAUGCCAGCAGGUUGGAGGCAGCUCGACAUUGCCGUCGUCGGUGGUGGUAUCGGCGGCAUGUCCGUCGCCACUGCUCUACGUCGUGCCGGCCAUCUUGUUUCCAUUUACGAGCGUAAUGACUUCGCCGGCGAGGUUGGUGCAUCCGUCUCAUGCGCCGCCAACGGUACUCGCUGGCUGCACGAGUGGAAUGUGGAUGUCCAGAAGGGUGACCCAGUCGUGUUGAAGAAGCUCAUCAACCGUGACUGGAAGACUGGCGAGCCUGUGAGCGUCUAUGAUCUGGAUGACUACGAGGAGAAAUGGGGAUUCGUGUACAACAUGUUUCACCGCCAGUAUAUGCAUGCUAUGCUGAAGGACUCUGCUUGUGCCGAAGAGGGCGAGGGAGUUCCAGCCAAGCUGUUCGUCAACCACAGGUGCAAAAACAUUGAUCUGGCAUCUGGUCGAAUAGAAUUCGAGAACGGUGUCUCUGCCACUCACGAUCUUAUCAUCGGCGCUGACGGUAUUGGUUCCGCUGUACGAGGGCUUAUUGGCAUUAACCCUGCCAAGCGCCCUGCCGACUCCAGCUGUCUCCACGCAAACGUUCUCACCGAAGAUGCUGUGAGGCUCGGCCUAGUAGACUACUCUAAAGAUGCCGCACUGGAGUACUGGGGUGGUCAGGAAGGCAAGUGGGACAAGAUCGUUCUGUCACCUUGCAACGGUGGCAAGCUGCUUUCUUACUACUGCUUCUUCCCUCGUGAGAAGGGCGACUAUGUGAACCAGUCUUGGGGCGUUGAUGACCGUCCGGUUGAGGAGCUUCUUGCUCCAUACCCCGAGCUAGACCGUCAGGUCUUUAAGCAUCUCGAAAUCGGAAAGGACAUUCAGCCAUGGCGACUCUGGAUGCACGACCCGUACCCGUAUAUUGCGAAGAGCAUGGUUUGCUUGCUCGGUGAUGCUGGACAUCCGAUGAUGCCUCACCAAAGUCAGGGAGCUUGCAUGGCUAUUGAAGACGCUGCAGCUCUUGGCAUUCUCUUCAACAAGAAGUAUUUCAACGGAGAUAUUUCUGAAUCUCUUGCUGUCUACAAUACCGUUCGCUUGCCUCGUGCUACAAGAGUUCAGGCAGCUGCAGCAAAGGCUGCCUACAACAUCAACGAGCGUAUUGGCUUCUCUAGCAACACCAAUCUGUCCACUUACAAGGUCGAGGAUGAGAAGAAGAAGCUGACCAUUGAGGAGAUGAAUGCCUAUGACAUGUAUAAAGAUAUUGAGGAGAGCCUUGCUGAGAAGCGAGGUGUUCCGUUCACAGAUAAGUUCACCAAAGGGCUACCUAUUGGCUUGAAGCUCUCAAAUGGCGUUACAAUCGGACAAUAG